CUGUCUGAUUACACCUGGCGUACAGGUGUUGACGCAGAGUGAUAAAAAAUGAUAGUGCAUAUCUCCUGUCUUAUGUAUACCCCGUCAACACCCUACUCUGUAUUGACGUGCUCUUGACCCCACUGUAGAGUGACAGGAUUUCCCCCGUGUCAGGUGCGACUCUGUGGUCGACUGCACUUUCACCAUACCUUGCCGAGCCUGUGAAGCCAGUCGACACAAUACACGACCUGUGUGAACAUAUGUAAGCGGUCUCCUUUACCCUGCACCUGAUCCCCUGAUCGCGGGAACACAUAGGCCCACUACACUGCCGAGACUGGAGACAGGUAGCAGGACGCCGAUCUUGGUUCCUGACGUAAGUUACAGCCUUCUGUAGACAACCCCAACCUGCUGGAAUAAUCAUCGUCUUCGUCAUCGGGACAUGUAAACCGAGCGGUUUGUUUGUGCAAGAACUAGAAAUGUCGUCUGUUGAUGUGGAGAAGGACACUGCCGCGCCACCUGGUGAUGCUGAGAGAAGUGAAGUGAAGAGGAACAUCUUGUACACUGUGUCGGAGGUUCCGCCAUGGUAUUUGUGUAUUCUCCUCGGCUUUCAGCAAUUCCUGACGGCGUUCGGCGCCACGUUCUCCUACCCCAUUCUGAUGGCCCCCUUCCUGUGUCUCGCAGGGGACUCCGUCGGGCUCAGCGAGGUCAUCAGCACCGUAAUCUUCGUGUCUGGCAUCUCAACACUGCUGCAAACAACGCUGGGAGUCAGACUCCCCAUCAUUCAAAGCAUCAGCUACUCCUUCAUCACUCCGGUCAUCUCACUCAUGUCCAUCCGUGAGUGGCAGUGCCCCUACACUGAUGCAUCAGCGAACCAAACCAGUCUACCGGAAGUGGGCAGCGAGGAACACAAAAGCAUGUGGCAGGCCCGUCUUGCUGAGGUGCAAGGUGCCCUACUGGUGUCGUCGCUGUUUCAAAUUGUGAUUGGCUUCAGUGGAUUAAUGGGACUGCUGAUGAAUUUCAUUGGUCCACUGACGAUCACCCCCACCAUCGCUCUCAUUGGCCUGUCCCUGUUUGAGGCGGCCUCGGACAAGGCAAGCAGCCAAUGGUGGAUCGCAUUGACGACGAUCGCCCUGAUUGCUCUGUUCUCCCAGUAUCUGAGGAAUGUCCGCGUGCCCUGUGCUACAUACUCCCGCCAAGAUGGAUGUUCUCGGACCAGCUUACAACUCUUCAACCUGUUUCCUGUGCUGCUGGCGAUCGUCUCCGCCUGGGUCAUAUGUGUGAUCCUCACUGUGACAGGUGCGCUCCCUGAUGACCCCAAGGGCUGGGGCUACCAGGCCCGCACUGACAUCCGGACAGAUGUACUCUACAAAGCCAGCUGGUUCAGAUUCCCCUACCCAGGGCAGUGGGGCAUACCGACUGUGAGCGUGGCCGGGGUGUUUGGCAUGCUUGCAGCUCUUCUCGCCUCCAUGAUUGAAUCAGUUGGAGAUUACUACGCAUGCGCAAGGCUAUCUGGAGCGCCGCCACCGCCAAGUAGUGCUGUGAGUAGAGGUAUCGGGAUGGAGGGGGUCACGUGCCUGGUGGCAGGGUUGUGGGGCACGGGGGGAGGCACCACCUCCUACAGUGAAAAUAUCGGGGCCAUAGGAAUCACAAAGGUUGGCAGCCGUGUGGUGAUACAAGUGGGGGCCGCCAUUAUGAUAGUGUUGGGCUGUUUAGGCAAAUUCGGCGCCCUGUUUGUCACCAUCCCAGAUCCUGUAGUUGGCGGGAUGUUCAUCGUCAUGUUUGGUAUGGUGACCGCUGUUGGAAUCUCCAGCCUCAGUUUUGUUGACCUCAGCUCCAUCCGGAACCUCUUCAUCCUCGGAGUUUCUCUCUUCUUUGGCCUCUCCUGCCCUCGGUGGGUCUCGGCAAAUUCCAACAAAAUCCAAACUGGUAACGACAUCGCCAACCAGAUCAUCUCGGUGCUACUGGGAACCAGCAUGUUUGUGGGCGGGUUCGUCGCUGCCUUCCUAGACAACACGAUUCCAGGUACAGUUGAAGAGAGGGGGAUAUUGAAAUGGCGGAUGCUUGGCGAGUCUUCUUCCGGUGGCGACGUCAGAGACACAAUGGCUGUGUAUGACCUGCCACUCAUACAGAAAUAUCUCAACAAACUCAGGUGUACAAAAUACAUUCCUAUUUGUCCGAACUUUAUUCUGGACAAGCGCGCAUCGUCGUCGUCGUCGAUUUGUGGAUGCUGUCCACGUAGUGGAAAACGUCAGGCUCAGGGAGGCGCGGUGAAUGCUGGGUAUCAAGAUAAUACCCGGAUGUAGGUUUAGACUGAGGAGCAUCUGUGUUUGUUUACUAGUGUUGCACGAUGUUUAGGAACUUGAGACGGGAAGUUCUUACAAUAUUAUAUAACCCAAUUUUGGCCCAAAUGGCGGACAAACGUAAUUCUUCCAGACAAGUGAUGAUAUUUUUGUAGUUUAGGUGUUAGCAGAUUUAUGUGAUAUCAACAUGAGAUAUCUGUUGAGAGCAAUAAGGCAGAUAACAGGACGUGACUCAUCUUCUUCAAGUACAGGACGUCAAUGGCCGAUACGAUCAACGACAUGACGCGGACCAUUUGUUCAAUGAAGAACGUACAUUGUUGUUGACCUUUGGGUUUGCAGUUUGUUGUAGCAAAAAUAUUCCGACAUUCCGCCAAACGUUCCAACGUGCAAACACGCCGAGUGAGUGAGUGAGUGAGUGAGGUUUGAACACUGUACCAGUUAUAUCCUCUUUAUUUCUGGUACUGAAAGGUCACAGGCCUGUAGUACAAUACAUUUACAAAACAAUAUGUAUACGCACGUGUAAUAUACACGAAGAAGAGAAAAUAAUCAAGGGAAGGUUAUAUUGUGUUCUGAGAUAUAUUCUGUUCUAAACAACAUGGCAUAGUAAGCAAACAUUGACAAGAUUUUGAAGUACAUGUCACAUGUAUUGCAUUUGUUUGUGUGGACAAAUAAUAUUUCUUAUUAUACAACCUUCUCAGGGAAUUAUAAGCAGGGCAAAAUGAUCUUCUAUGUGGUUAAGAUCACAUAGUUUGCAAGUUUUAUUUUCUUUCUUGUCAUUUUUGAAACUUCCACUUUCGAUAAAUAUAUCAUGUGAAGAACACCUCAGUCUACUUAACACUAUCAUAAACGUUUUUACGUUUACAGAUGAAAAAUACCUUUCUGCUUCAAAAUACACUUAAACAUCUUAUAAUGCAAGCAUUUACUGGAAAGUGAUAUCUUUUCAAACCAUUCUUGCAAAUAGAGAUCUUUUAAUCUUCUUGUUAGUUCUAUAAUAAACUUACCGUUAGAGUCAAAAUACUGAUGAUUCCACACAAAACCCAAACCAUUUGAGAAUAGAAAAUUUCUAACAGAAGAAACCCAAUUUGUGUGUCCAUUUUUAUUGAAUAGCAUAAUCAUAUUGUAGCAUUUCUUUGGUAGCCUAUAGGAAGGCAUCUUCAAUAAUUUUAAUCAGUAUUUUAAAGCUCAUAUUUGUGAAUAUGUGCAUCGGGUAUUUACCACAUUCUCCAUACACCAUUGUAUUCAUCGUGUUGGAUUUAACACCAAGAAAUCUUUUACAGGCUUUCAGUUGAACUCUUUCGAUAUCAUUGUAAUAAUUCACACCCAAGAUUUCAGCUCCAUACAAUAAUAAUGGCUUAAUUUUGUCAUCAAAGGUAUGAACUUAUAUUUAUGUCUCCAAGUACAUUUAAUUGUUUAAAGAUACCAAUCAUGACUGUUGUGCUGCAAGUAAGCGUAAUUAACAUGUGUUGUCCAAGAUACAUGAUUACUGAAAAACAGUAAAAUUAGAGUCAGGGUGUGUGGGUUCGACUCCACGAUAAAAGGGUUCAGCGGUGAGCAGGGCACGCAGCUCUACAAACGAAUAACAAUGAAAGUUUCUCAACUGGGGAAUUCACAGGGCGUCUCAAGACUGUGGAAGUUUCCGUUAGUGGAAUGCAGUUUUUGAAACAUGUAAAACGUAUUGCCAGUUAGGAAUACCAGUUACGGGAUCAUGUGAACGUCAUCUCGUCCAAGGAAUGAGACGUAUGUCGUGUAUAGAACUUCACGUUUUGCAGGUUGUACCGGGCAUGAGGGCAUGCGUGGAUUGGUGGCAAAAAGAAAUCAUCUCUUCAUACGGUCAAACAGGGAUCUGUCUCUGUCUCUGUCUCUGUGUCUCUGUCUCUGUCUCUCUCCCUGGUAAACAGCGAUCAUCUGCUCGACCGAUCAUAUCCUCGUUGUAUGUAUACAGUUAUCUUAACUUGAAUAUUUCACGUAUUUUCACAGUAUUUAAUAACUACUUCUCGAGUCUGACCGGCCAGGAUCAGUUUAUACUGGACGCUGGGAUUACGGUUCUCUCACUGAGUUCUUUCACGCACUUCGCGUGCCUCAGGUUUGAAGUUUGAAAGACAAUAAACUUAGUUUGAUUUAGUCGGCAUUGUUUCAUGUCAUAAUCAGCGAUGUAUUUAUAUAUGACAAUAAAUUCAAUAAUUCAUUUACAAUAAACCUGAUUGCAAAAGCAAACAAACACGC